AUGGAAGAAAAGAACAUUACAGGAAUUAUACAUUUUCUUCUUCUAGGCUUGUCAGAGGAACCAGAAAUGCAACCUUUCAUAUUCUGCCUCUUUUUCUUUCUGUACCUGAUCACUGUGCUUGGAAAUCUGCUCAUCAUCCUGGCCGUCGGCUCAGACCCCCACCUCCACACGCCUAUGUACUUCUUCCUGUCCAACCUGUCCCUUGUGGACAUCUGCAUCACCUCCACCACUGUCCCCAAGAUGCUGCUGAACAUCCAGACACACAGCAAGGCCAUCAGCUAUGAAGGCUGCAUCAUUCAAAUGUACUUUUACAUACUCUUUGGAGGAUUGGACAAUUUUCUCCUGACCGUGAUGGCCUAUGACCGUUUUGUGGCCAUCUGCCACCCCCUUCACUACACGGUCAUCAUGAAUCCCCGGCUCUGUGGGCUGCUGGUUCUGGGGUCCUGGAUCACAAGUUCCCUGCAUUCCUUGACAGAAACCUUAAUGGUGUUGCACUUGUCCUUUUGCACCGACUUGAAAAUCCCCCACUUUUUCUGUGAACUCAAUCAAGUGCUCCAUCUUGCUUGUUCGAGCACCUUUCUUAAUAAUCUUGUGAUAUAUUUUUCAGUUGGACUUCUGGGGGGUGGGCCCUUGGCUUGGAUCCUUUACUCUUACUAUAAGAUUGUUUCCUCCAUCCGUAAAAUCUCCUCAGCCCAGGGGAAAUAUAAAGCAUUUUCCACCUGUUCAUCUCACCUCUCCGUGGUCUCCAUAUUUUAUGGCACUGUCGGAGGGGUAUACCUCAGCUCUGCUGUGACCCAGAACUCACGGUCAAUAGCGAUCACCUCGGUGAUGUACAUGGUGGUCACCCCUAUGCUGAACCCCUUCAUCUACAGUCUCAGGAACAAAGACAUCAAGGGGGCUCUGCAGAAUCUCAUUGGGAAGAAAAUCAUAAAGGGGUAA